UUUAUGAUGUUGUGGUUAAGUAACAAUGGAAAUUUGACAAGCCAGUUUCUGCUCAGGCACAUUAGUAUAUAAGGCGAACAAGUUGACAUCCUGAACUCACAGUAGGAUCCAGACCUCACACGAUGCUCAGAAAGAGUGUUACUGAAAGUUUUGGGGCAGCAGUGUCAUGUUUGAGCACAUCUCAUCUGACGGAUGAAGUGAUUAGAAGGAGUAAGAGAAUGAUACUGGACACACUGGGAGUGGGAUUACUUGGAACCAGCACGCCAGUCUUUAAAACUGUUCUCCAGUACAGCCAAAGACAGCAAGCAAUGAAAAACAGCAAAGUCUGGGGAAGACCAGGAUCAUCACUUCCACCGCAGUAUGCUGCCUUAGUUCAUGGAGUUGCAGUGCACUCUAUGGACUUUGAUGACACCUGGCAUCCAGCCACUCACCCCUCCGGUGCUGUUUUGCCAGCUCUCCUGGCAUUAGCUGAAACAAUGCCUGUUAAACCCUCUGGCUUGGAGCUGUUGCUGGCUUUCAAUGUGGGCAUAGAGGUUCAGGGGAGGCUCCUGAGGUUUUCCAAAGAGGCAUACAACAUUCCCAAAAGAUUUCACCCACCUGCAGUUGUUGGGGUUAUGGGCAGCGCGGCUGCUACGGCUAAACUCUUAGGCCUCUCUCCAUCCCAGAGCAUAGCAGCUCUGGCUAUAGCCUGUUCAUCUGCUGGAGCUCCCAUGGCAAAUGCUGCUACACAAACCAAGCCACUACACAUGGGCAACGCUGCACAGGGGGGUCUGGAAGCCUCUGAACUUGCUCUCCUUGGUCUUGUGGGCAAUACACAAAUUCUGGAUGUGGAAUCAGGCUUCGGGGCCUUUUAUUCAGAUUAUGUUCCUCACCAGCUGGCUGAGGUCACCCCUAUUUCUUAUUACAGGUGGGCGUUGGAAGAUCAGAACAUUGCACAGAAGCGCUUCCCUGCCCACCUUGGGAUGCACUGGGUAGCAGAUGCAGCAAUGGAAGCAAGAGCGAAAUUUCUGGACAAAUACCCAAAUGCCAAUCUCAAUCAGAUUAAGAAAAUUACAUUGAGAGUGCCCUUAUCCAGAUAUGUAGACUGUCCUGUUCCAGUUACUGAGCACCAGGCCAGACACUCUUUCCAGUUCAACUGCUGCACUGCUCUGCUUGAUGGUGAGGUCACCGUUGAAUCUUUCAGCAAAAGUCAGAUGAACAGGAGCACUCUUAAGGAUAUGCUUCUCAAAGUACAUUUGGAAAAUCCACAAGACAAUCACUCGAGCUUUGAAAAGAUGUAUUGUGAAAUUGCUGUGGAGACGACACAGGGGGAAAUGUUCACUGCUCGCUGCAACACGUUUUACGGUCACUGGAGGAAACCACUUAGUCAUGAGGAUCUGGUGCAGAAGUUCAAGGCAAAUGCGUCAACUGUGCUAACCCCAGAUGUAGUGGAGGGUAUUAUUUAUACUGUAGACAGUCUGGACACAAACCCAGACUGCUCAAUGCUUUGGUCAUAUAUGCACUUUAAUAAGGAAAUGCUGCACACAGAUGAGUGCUACUACUCAGUUUCGGCUUGAAUUAUAUUGUAAUGUCUGACAAAGCUAUGUAAUUCUUUUAAAAAUGUAGAUAUGUAUAAUUAUAAACUGAACAAAAUCUGAUAUGGUCAUACAUUCAAAACUUUCAGUACCUGGCUGAAACUAUGUCAUAAGAUAUUUUUGUUUUGAGCAUUGCAAACUUUGAACUAAAAUAUACGUAUGUUUUUGAAACAUGACUUAUCAUGAAAAUGUUAUUCUAUCCUAUCCAACCUAUCAUCGUUUUGACAUCUUAAUGCCAGGCUUUCUAGCUAAACUUCUGAAGAUAAAUAGAGAAAUUCAGAUGAGGGAAAAGCAUGACAGUGAAUGCACUAUUUUGAAUGAAACCAUAAGUUAUGUUGUAAUUACCAAUAAAGUAAUCAGUCAACUUAGCUGGUGUUAAUUUUGGACACUGUCUGUACAUUUGGGAUGUGACUCAUGUGAUAAAGCAAGAAAAAUAAAAAGAAGGAAAAAAAGACUACAUUUUGAGCACAUCCUGGCUAGUCGAUUUGGGCAACAUCACAAGUUUUUUUCAAAUGCACAGAAUUUCAUAAUAGUGCUCUUUUUGUUUUUGCCCCAAUGGAGAGGAAAUUCCUUUGGCAUAUGAAACUGAAAUUAGAGAAGAGAAAAUAAAGA